AUGAACAAAGAUAAGAUAGUACAAAGUUCUUUAAGAGUUUUGAAAUACUUUGUUUACUCAAUUUUAAAUGGAGGAUUGGUUUUUUCAACUUCAACUGUUUCUUGUUUGAUAUCUCCGUUUAUGUACAUAAAAACUGGUAUGUCGAUAUCCACCAUAUCAUUGAUAUUUGGAGGGAUUAUACCAUUGAUUGUGUCAUUUAUACAGCCGAUAUUUGGUCUUUUGUCCGACAUUUUCCCAAUCAAAAGAUUCAAAAGAAGAUUUUUUAUUGUUAUUGGCAGUAUUAUUGCAAUUAUUCUAUUGCCAUUUGUUUCGUAUUCUGACUCAAUAGGCAUUGCUUUGGGAGAUACAAAAGGCACACUUUCAAACUCAACAAAUUCAUCUUCUGCAACAGAAAACGACAUGAUAAUCAGUCAAGUACUUGGUGUCAUUUUCAUAUCAUUUUCUAGCACUUCAGUUGUAAUUGUUCAAAACAUGGACAGAGCUUUAAUAGUAGACAACAUAGAGUCAGAGUAUCAACACAAUGCAAAUUUCUUUGCUGCUCUAUUGAGUGGGUUCUUCAUAUUAUUGUUUUAUAUAAUUGCGGCAACAUGUGCUGAAAUUGACAAUUACUACAAUUUCAUGUUCAUUCUCAGUGCUGUUUUGAUUGCAAUAACUUCAUUUGUCACCACUGUGUUUUCUAAGGAAAAAACAACAAAACAGACAAAGAAUUCGUUUGAAUUACUUGAUACCAAUAACGAUUCAAAAGAUGUGCAACAACAAACAACGUCAUCAGAUGUUAUUGUUUCUCCAACCACAGAGACUCCACUUAUCGACAAAAAUACAAAAGAAGAAGAAAACAAAACUCCAAUAGAUAGGAAGAGAAAAAUAAUCGAAUUUAUAAAGGGAUUUGGGUGGAAGUUGUGGGUACUUGCAUUCAUACAAAUGUCUGCUACUGUUUCAGUGUUACUUUUCCCGAGUUUUGUUGCAAAUUAUUUUCCAAUCAAUUUGUACCAUGCUGAAACAGACGACCCAAAUUUUCAAAAAGGUGUAUCGAUGGCAAUGUACUCAUUAAUGGCACAGGGUGGCGUUCUUGUUAUUUGUUCAUUGUUAUCGUCAUUUGUUUCAAAUUAUGAGAACAUCUUGUUUUCUGUGACAUCUUUUGUUUGUGUCUUAAGUCAUGUUGGUAUCAUAUUGAUGGACUAUUUUGCUCAAAAUUAUACAACACCACCCGCUUGGAUAUUAACAGUCGACUUUAUAUGCAUUGGAAUGACUGGAAUACUCGAGUCUGUUGUUCUAUCAGUGCCGUUUGUCAUUCUCACUAAAAUCUCUGAACCUAAAAGAUAUGGGACUGACUUGGCGUUUUUGGCUGCGGCCACGACAUUUGGAGUUGUGAUUAUAUCAAACAUUUUCGCACUUUUAUUAUACUUUGAACUGUCGUUGGUUUCCAUAUUUUAUUUGUGUGGGUCAAUGGCAUUAUUAUGCUUUUUGUCUUGUUUCUUACUUCCUAUUAUGACCAAAAAUAAAAAGAACGAAGAAAAAGAAAAUGAAGAUGAAAAAAGAUUGCAAUUUUGCAUAAAUUUGGAUUUUUCACUCCAUUUCCACUCCCUGCCUAUCUACUAUAGUCAGUCUGUAAAAAGUUGUCCGUGCAUUUUUGGAUUAUUAAAACUGGAGUAUUUCGGAAAAUAUUCGAAACACCCAAAACACCGUUUCAUAAUUUUACUUGACAACAUUUUUAGACAGACCUUAUUAUUAUCUGCAUAUAAAUCAAAUUAA